AUGUCGCAGGUUUAUGACGUCAACGUCAAGGGGACGUGCGCGCGGGCACGGUGGAUUCACCUGAACGCAGCUCACGUGAGCGGUCCUCCGGAUUCAGCCAAUCAGCGGCGCGGACAGGUGCUCCUCCAUGAGGACAGUUUCGGAGGCGGAAACCUUCAGGUCAAGUACCACGAACAGCACCACAGACACAGUGAAGGACCCUCUGACGCCCUGGCUACACCACACUCAGCAGCCCCCAAACUCCCAACUGACCAACAACUAUCACCAGCAUCACAACAACCACCAGCAUCACAACAGCCACCAGCAUCACAACAACCACCAGCAUCACAACAGCCACAGGCAGAGCAGUCACAGGCACCAGUCAGUACAGACACCAGUCUCUUCAGCGACGAGACCUUCGAUGACUCCCAGUUUGAGUCGGUCUUCAACGAACAGACAUGUCGUAGGAACCUGAGGGUGUCUCGGUCAGGCCGGUUUAAGGAGAGGAAGAGGGUACGCUCCAGUCUUCCUACUGGGAAAGAGGACGUGUGAUGAUGAGGAUGGUGAUGGUGAUGAAGAUGGUGGCCAUAGACUGCUCUUACUUCUCAACUUUAUUUCAACAUGGCUGUCCGUUCUGGGGAAAGAGGAAGGUCGAUGAAGACGAAUUGGAAGUUGAAGAUAAAUUGAAAAUAGAGAUUUGAGACUUUUACUUUUGAACCCUUUUGUCAGUGCUAGGGUCUGUCGGUUCGAAUGCUACUGCUUCUUUCUCAGUCAACAUGGUAUUCAUUUGAUAGAUUUUGCUUUAUUGAUUCCUUAUGUGAAGUUGAACGUGUUUAAUCAACUUUUUAACCCUUGAAAAGGAAGAACCUAACCUGUGUUCCCAACACAGAGAAAGUGAACGGAUCAGAAAUGAAGUUAUA